UUAAUUGUUUUUGAAAUGCUGCAUCCUCAUCAUCAUGGCUUGAUGUUCUUCUUCAUCAUCCUCCUUUUCUCCUCCCUAAAUUAUUCACAAUCUUUAACCACUCAUGCUGAUGAUGAAAGGGCUAUUUUACUUAGCCUAAAACAACACUACUGGGGAAAUCCAUCUUCACUUCAGCAGUGGGACUCCACUUCCUCCCCAUGUGACUGGCCUGGAAUUUCAUGUGACUUCGAUGGAAGUGUCACACAGAUAUAUCUCUCUGAGAUGAACCUCCAAGGAUCAUUCCCCUCAAAAAUUAUAUGUCAGCUCAACAACCUUUCUUCAAUCGAUUUCAGUUACAAUAGUCUCUGGGGAAGUAUACCAGUUGGCCUCUCCAGUUGCUCAAAGCUUGAAGACUUAGAUCUAUCUGCAAAUAAUUUCACAGGAAAAAUACCAGGUGAGUUGUUUUCCAUGAAAAUGCUGUUGAGUUUAUGUCUUCGAGAGAACAUGUUGUCCAGUGAGAUACCAACACCCAUGGUGGUUCAUAGUUUGGUGGGUCUUGAUCUUUCAAGAAACCAGUUGAAUGGAUCAAUACCAGGUGAAUUGUUUUCCAUGAAAAGGCUGCGCAGUUUAUAUCUUCAAUACAAUAUGUUGUCCAGUGAGAUACCGACAACCAUGAUGGUUCACAGUUUGGAGGAUCUUGAUCUUUCAAGUAACCAGUUGAAUGGAUCAAUACCAGAUGAUAUAGGAAAUUUAUACAUUCUUGGCUACUUGAAAUUGUCUAAUAAUUCUUUAAGUGGCCCAAUUCCUGCUGGAUUGUUACAGUUGCAGCAUCUGUCUCAACUUUCACUUUCUUAUAACAAAUUGAGUGGUGAGAUACCAACAUCCUGGGCGGCUUACAGUUUGGAGGAUCUUGAUCUUUCAAGUAACCAUUUGAAUGGAUUAAUACCAGAAGAUAUAUGGAAUUCAUACAACCUUAUCCGCUUAGAUUUGUCCAAUAAUUCUUUAAGGGGCCCAAUUCCUGGUGUAUUGUUACAGUUGCCGCAACUGUCUCAUCUUUCACUUUCUUAUAACAAAUUGAGUGGUGAAAUACCUGCUACACUAUUUCCCUUACUUAAUCUGAGUAACAUAGAUCUUUCUCAUAAUCAUCUAAGUGGAACUAUUCCAAAAACUUUUGGAGAAUUACUGAAACAGAGGGAUAAACUGACCAUUGAUAUUUGUUUCAACAACAUUUCUGGGAGAAUCCCUUAUAAGCUAGUGAAGGAAAGAUUUGUACACAGCUGCUUUGAUGAAGCCAAUUUAUGUUCAGAUGUAAAGGAAAAGGGAUUGCCAGCAUGCUCUACAGAAUGGUGUUCUGAUUAUACAAUUCGAGGUUACAUGGAUUGCAGUUCCAAGUCAAAGAGAAAGAGUAAUUACAUCAUCAUAACGUGCGGUGCAAUUGCAGGGAUACUUAUUGGGUUAGGAAUUCUGAUACUGGUGCUCAGACCUAGGGUGGGAAGGAGAAAAGAACGCGAUGGAGAAGAAUGGAGUAUGAUUUCAUUUCAAAGGUUGAAAUUCAAUAAAUGGGAUAUUUUGGGCGGUUUGAUAGAUGAAAAUUUGAUUGGAAAUGGAGGAUCAGGAAAAGUGUAUAGAGUGAUCACCAAGAAAGGCCAAAAGGUUGCUGUUAAAAGUAUAAGGCUUGAACAAAAGGAAAGGCAGGGAUUAAUGGAGAAACAAUUCCUAGCAGAGGUUAAGAUCCUCGGGGGAAUUUGGCACAACAACAUAGUGAAAUUGUUAUGUUGCAUCAGAGGAAAGACUACAAAGCUUCUUGUGUAUGAAUACGUGGACAAACAAUGUGUUCACAAAUGGUUGUAUGGAAAGAAGAGAGGCUUAACUACUCAAGUCUUGCAGUGGGAGAGGAGGCUAAAAAUUGCCAUUGGAGCUGCACAAGGCCUCUGCUAUUUGCAUCAUAAUUGCAGUCCACCCAUUGUUCAUAGAGAUAUCAAGUCCAGUAACAUACUUGUCGACUCUGACUUCAAUGCCAAGAUUGCAGACUUUGGAUUGGCAAAGAUGAUGGCGAGCGAAGGAAAUCCAGAAACAGCAUCUGCUAUUGUGGAAACCUUUGGUUACAUUGCCCCUGAAUAUGGAAGUACAAGAAAAGUGGACGCGAAGAGCGACAUCUACAGCUUCGGUGUAGUACUCUUGGAAUUGACAACGGGAAGAGAAGCAGUGACUGGAAAUGAGGAUAUAAACCUAGCACAAUGGGCACACAAACACCAAAGAGAAGGAAAAUCAGCUGCAGAUGCCCUGGAUGAAGAGAUCAAGGAGCCACGCUAUCUGGAGGCAAUGAUCAUUAUUUUCAAAUUAGGCCUUGCGUGUACGUUGAGUUCCCCAUCAAGCAGACCGUCCAUGAAAGAUAUUUCACAGAUUCUUUAAAGAUGCAGCGAAAACAAUCAUAUGUCCCCAUAAAGCUGAUAGACAAUAUAAAUAUUUUCACUUUACUUUUGAAUGGACUUGUACCAUUACGAAAUAUUUUGCAAUGGUUUGUUUAAUUUAAUUUGACUAUUGCACUCACAGUGCAAUUAUGCAGGAUCCAUCAUAA